UGUACACCAUCCAAGGAAGUUAAUAGACGUUUGAUACAAAAUGGUACGUUAAUGGCAAGACAAAUCGAAUGGGAUAGCUGGAUAGACCGCGCCGAGAUGAACACAGUGAUACCGAUUAUGUGGAGGUCCGACACCGCUGAAGAUGGGAUAGAUGAAGUGUGAAGGGAUGAAGUUGCCACAGUUUUGCAAAACCAACUUCCAACACCGAUGAAGGAUCAAGACUAUGUCCAAUCGCUUAGUUAUAAAUUUGUUGCACCCAUCUGCUGCCACCGAGGCCAAACAACACAAGCUCAAGACCUUGGUUCAAGGUCCAAGAUCUUACUUCAUGGAUGUCAAGUGUCCAGGUUGUUUGAACAUCACCACCGUCUUCUCCCACGCGCAAACUGCUGUCACUUGUGACUCUUGUGCCACUGUCUUGACCACCCCAACUGGUGGUAAGGCCAAGUUGACCGAGGGUUCUUCCUUUAGAAGAAAAUAA